AUGAAUAAAUUUUAGUCUCCUUAAUCUCUUCCAAAGAAAACAGUUUAGUUUGAGUCUUCUUCUUAGCAAUAAAGAAGCACAAUGUAAAAAUUACAAGAAACUGCAAAUUCAGAUUUGAAUCAUCUCACUGCAUCUUUCGGAAUGACUGAACUGCAAUAAGGUGGUUUUAAAAAUCUUCUCAAAAAUAAUAAUAAUAAUAUUUUAAUGCAAGAAAAAAAUCAAGACUUACCAAGGAUAUACAAUAAUGUUUAUUCACCAGAAAUGAUCAUUAAAGAUGAUAUUAACCAGAGAGAUGAAUCAUAUGAUAAUAUAAUUGAUAAUUAUUAGUAUAAAUAGUAAUAAGCUAAUUAAGAGUUGAUCUAAAAUCCAAAUGAACUCUAUUCUAAAUCAUAGGAAUAUAAUGAAGACACCUUACACCAACAAUAAAUACUAUAGCAAUAAAACUAAUAUAUCUUAGAAUAAUAACAGUAUCAAUAAUAGUAAAAUGCUAACAGCUCUAGAAAUAAAAAUUAUAAAGGAUCUCAUAGGUAAAAUCCUAUGAAAGACUCAAAAAUUCAGACAUAUCUUUAGUAAAUGAUGAAUAACACUAACUAUUUAAAAAAUACUGAAAAUUCUAUUAAUAAUUUUACUUCUUAGCCAAGUGCUAUGUCGGCUUAUGAAGGUUCGUAAAUGUUAUAAAAUUUUUAAUCUGAAGACAAUGAAAUGCAAAGAAACAAUCCUCCUCCUUAACCUGAAAGUUUGGGUAUGGUUCAACUAACGUACGGCGAAAUAGCUCAUCUCAAGCAAAAAUAAAGAUAGCUUUCUGAAGAAAAAAUAAAAGCCUCAAAAUAAAAAAAAUUGCUAGAUGAAAUAGCUCAUUUUUAUAGGUAAUUAGCUGUUAAGAAAAAGGAGGAUCAGAAUAAUAGAUCAAUUGUAACUUCUCCUUCUCCGAUUAGAAAAUCUAGUAGCACCUCUCGUUUAAGAAAGAAAUCACCAUAAAAUAACAUUAUAUAAAAUAAAUAGGUUUUAUAAUAAUCAGAUAAUAGGAUCUUACAAAAUUCUUAAUCUGUAAUUAGCACAUAUAAAGCAGGAGAAAAUAAAACUCCAAGAUAGGAUAAAUAGUCUACAGUCAAAUAAAAUAUGAGAUACCAAGAUGAAAAUCAUUCUAAAUCUGUUUAAUAAUUUUAAAUCAGUAAAGCAGAUACCUUGAAUGAGAAUCAAGAAAACUAAACCGAUCUACCAAAUUAGUUAAUUUAAGCAGGAGAGAUCUAAGAACAUUAAUAAUAGGAUAUUAACACUAUGAUGGUUAAAGGAAAUAUACAAACUAAAUCUUAAAACUAACUUAAAAAAUCUUAGGAGCUUUAAUAUGAAAAGAUUACUUAAUUACAAAAGAAUGCUUUAAAAAAACCAACUCAAGCAAAUAAUAGGUUUUUAAAUUAAAAUGGGUCAGCCUUAUCAAUUGAUUUUGAAUCAUAGUAAAUUAUAUCUUUAAGCAAUAUAUUUAUUCUAAAUCCAGUUUAAUUCUAAGCGCUUGAAAAUAAAAUAAAAAAAUAUGAUAUCAGCUUGAUAAAAUAAAACAUUAUUUAGAAGUACAGAUUUUUAAUAGAAAAGGUUAAGUUUUCUAAUGAAACACAAAACUAUUUGAGUACAUUAAAAGAUUUGUUUAAUGAACAUAAGAUAAUGAGUUUUUAUGAUAUGAACAUGUUAGAAAAAAUUUAAGUUGUAAAUAAAUUAUCUAUUAAGGACAUAUUCUCAAAUAUAAAAGAAACAAUAGACCUAACUGACUCAUAUGAAACUAUCACUCAAGAUAUUCAAUAAAUAUAAGCUAAUUAAAAUAAUAGAAAGCAUUUAAAAACCACAAUUUAAUAAGAAAAAGAGCUCUAAACAUUACAGGUACUUAAAGAUAUGUAAAUGAGAAUGGCUUAAAAAAUAUUUUUUAUAUAUCUUUUCAAAGUAUAGUCUGGAUACAAAAAAGAAAUUAUUAAAUAAUUAGAUAGCUUUGAAAAGGUAUAAAAUGAACUAAGACUUACUCUCACUUUUAACAUGAUUAAAUACUUCGCCAAAAUUAGAUCCUAUAAAAAUUAACUACAAAAAAUUACGAAGCAAGAAAUACAGCUAAAAAAACUAAAGAAAAUCUUUGAUGCUAUAAAAUAAAAAAGCAAUAAAAAUAUAUAUUAUAAACCUUUCAUCUAAGCUAUCAGAUCAAAUAGAAGAAAAGUUUUAAAGCAAAAUUCACUUUAUGCUCUAUUUGAAUAUUGUUAAAGCAAAAAAAGUGAAAAGAAAUAACUCUAUCUGAGCCAAUAAAUAUACAACUCUCAUUUAAUUACUAAGUCUUAUUUAAUUUUAAAAGCUUUUUGUAAUAGAAAAAAAAAUAAUACAAGCAUAUAAACUAUGACAGCUAAAAAUAUUUCCAUUUAGUAUAUUCUUGAAUUAAAAUCUGUAGUAUUGCAAGCCGGUUCUUCUUUCAGAGUAAGAUAAGAAUUGUAAGAUUAUAAUUUAUAAGAUGAACAUUUUGAAGAAAAAUCUCAUAAAAUGUAUCAAAACCGACAAUAGAAUAUUUUAUCUGGACAAAAUGAUGAUGGAGAAGAAUACAAUAACCAAGAAGCUACUAUAUAAAAUUAAUUCAAUAUUUUAGAUAAUUAAUUUAUUGAUGAAAACUAAUAAUUCAAAUAAUCAGAAAAUAAAUCUUAAAUAGUUAAGAAGUAGCUAAAUUUUUAGGAAUAUGAUGACCAAUUUUGUGAAGAGGAUGUUUCAUACGAUAGUAAGUAAUUUUAAAAGCAUUUCUACUGUGAAGAAGAAUUCUUAAGCAGUGCAAGAAAUUUGUUAGAUACCAAGAGAUAGAUUGCUUUAGAUAAAUUAGAUAAGUUGAAACAUUUAACAGCUUAGAGUGUAUAAAAUGAAGAUUAAUCUUCAUUUCUUUAAAAAAACAAAGAGAAAGUUUAGGAAAUAAUUAGAGAAAAUUAUGAAUAUUCCAAUGAAAAACCAUUAAAUAUUUAAGAAUCUGAUACUAAGAUGAAUUUAGUUUAAAUUCCUCCAAUUAAGGAAGAGAUCUUAAGAGCUGAAAAUAUUAAUUAUAAUAAAGAACUUAAAAAUUUCGACUAAAGCUUAAUUGAUGAUCAAAAUAUUUUAGAAGAAGAUUGUAAGUCAAUAGUGACUCUUGAAUAACAUAUUAAAUAAAUCAUACGAGUAUUAAAAAAGCUUUCAAAAAAGAAGACAAUAUUCUAACAAAAAAAUCCAGUUCAGCUUUUACUGAAUAAAGAUUCAUUUUUCUACUCUUCAGGUGAUAAUUUAUCCAAACAAUAAAUGAACGGAAAACAAUCGUAAAAGAAUAUACCACACCCUCUUCAAGAACAUCAAGAAAUGAUUAAACGCAUUGAAGAGAAUGAAAAAAAGAAGACAAUAAGCUUUUUAUUCUAUCACUGGAAAAUAGUCUUUUUAGAGAGAACUUUAAAUGCAGAAAUAACUCUACUAAAUUCUCUCAAAAAGUGCAAAUCGAUUUUACAAAUAUUUAAAAAAAAAUACAGAGAAAAUAAUGAGAUUUGUACAUUAAAAUAAUAAAUAAGAGAAGAGAAAAUAAAAAGUGAAAUAUUUUAAUCAUGGUCAUUUAUGGCAUCUGAAACUAGCUAAGCAAAUUAAGAAAAGCUCUAAAUAUUUCAUAAAAAGUUAUGUUUUAGGAGAAUUCUUUACUACUCAACAUAUAAAAAGAUACAGAGAGUAGCUGAUGGCAUCCAUAGAAAAAAUCUUCAAAAGAAAAUUUUAAAUUAAUGGGACAAAAUAUCUAAAAGCAAUUAAGUUGUUAGAAAGAAACACAAAAAUGCUCUUGUAAGACGCUAUUUCAAUAACUGGGUUGAAUAUAUUUCAAAAAUCAUGUUUUUACGUAAAUUUUGGAAAAAAAUACUCUACAGCCCAGAUGAAAUUCUUUUUGAGAAAUAUGGAAAUAAAAAAAAUCUAUUGAAACAUAUUUUGAAAUCUUGGAGAGGUAUAGUUAUAGAUAAUGAAAACACAAUGAAGCAAAAACUUGCAUUAAAAUCUGCAGUUAAUCACAGGGCAGUUGUUUAAAAGACAAAAGCCUUUUUUUAGUGGGUCAAUUUUCUAAACAUUAAAAAAAAGCUAUCAAAGAUUUUUGAAAGCAAAGUAAUUUAAAAGAUGUUUGCUAAAAAAAUAUUACAACCUUGGAAGAGUGCUGUAGCAGAAUAAAAAAGUGCAAUUUCUACAUUUAAAAGGAAAGCGAAUAUGAAUAUUAAAUUUAAGGCUUUCCAUUGCUUGAAAAUUAAAUAUUUAUAAAAUAAGAUGGUUGAAAACUGUUUUUUAAAGAAAUUUUUCUAUAGUUGGAAAGUUUAGUAAUAACAUAAUUAGGAAAUUCUACCCCGCAACUUUUAUAGUAGAAAAUUAGUAAAAAAAAGUUUUACUUCAAUUAUUUACCAUCAACUUCUUUAGAUGAAAGAGAGAGCUAAAACAGAAAAGUCAACUAAAUUCUUUUUGUAUCACAUUAAAAAGUUUAUGCAAACUUGCCUUCUGCUUUGGCAAAAACACACAUAAAAGAAGAAGAGUAAAAAGCUCUUGAAGAUAAAACUUUAAAAGUAUUCUGAAAAAAACAUUAAAAAAAGGGCAUUCAAUUCACUUAAACUCAGAAAGAUAUAAUCAAGAUUAAAAAUUAUAUAAAACAAAAAGGCUCUUGAAUUUAAAGCAAUUUAAUACUAAAAGAAGUAUGAUUUAAAAAGACUUAUAACUGACCCCCACUUAAAUCCAAAAUUGUAAGAAGUUCUUUAGAUAAUUCACUACUGGAGAGCUUAUGCUAUUAAAUAAAAGAGUAUUAAAUUUAUCUAAGCAAGAAUUUAAAAAUUCCAUAAUAGAAAAAUAUUGAUUGAAUAUUUUACUUCUUGGUAAAAUAAAUAUAAUUAAAAGUUAUCUUUAAAAAAUUAAGCCUAAUUUGAAGAAGAAGAACAAUAAGAUAUUGUAUUUGAUAGAUACUCAUCAAAACAAAAUGUAUAUUAAAAUAAAAUAGAUUCGACUACAGAUAAUUUGCAUAAUAAUAGGAAAUCUAAACACAGUAGAUAAUUAUCUGAUUAAGUAUUUUCCAAAGAUACAAUAUAACUAAAAAGUUAUAAUUAACAAACUCAAAGAAUCUAAAAUGAUGAGAAUUAGAGCUUAAAUAAGAAAGAUAUUGAAAAUCAAUCUUAAUUCAAAGAACAAUAAUAAUAUGAAAGUACUGAUGAGCUAAAGCAGAAUAAUUUUAUUUCCAUGGAUUCACAAACAAAAUAACACAGUUCGAGAAGCCCAAGAUUUUUAAGUAACUAAAGUAGAAAUUCUAAGUCUCCAUCUUCUAAAUCUAAUUCCCCAAACUAUAAUAAGUCAACUUUAAAGACUAAUUAAUCUUAAGAAAAUGUAAGAAAACACAGAAAAUCUGUUAGAUUUGAGCUUGAUCCUAAGUAAUAAGGAAUUAAUAUUCCUAAAUUUGACUAUUUUGAUUAAAAAUAUAAUGAAAAUGAAGCUUUCUAUUAGAAGCUGCUAUCAGAAAGAAGAUACAAUACUACUUAGCAAUGA